AACAGCAACAGCAACAGCAAUACUGCAACCGCCAGGGUUGCUAACACAGUCUAAUGACAUCCCUACCUUCCAGUCUCCAACUGAAUUGACACUUCCUCUCCCCCGUCCUUCAAUACAGUACCAAUAGCAAUCAUUCUGCUCAGUGGGUGAGCUGAGAUCUCAAAAGGAACCCACCAAUCAAGCGACAGCUCUCCAUGUUAUUGUUAUGGUAUCGGACUUGAGACAUUAUUCCUUAAUGAUGCAACGCCAGUAUGGGCACUUUUCUGUGACAUCUUGGCAUUUCAAAGGAAAUUUGAACAUGUUUCCUACGGCCGGAAGCUGCGGCCAGGAAGAAAGUGUCAUCAAUAUUAGAGUGGGCAACAUCCAGGGUCUCAGAGAUAUUACUGGACUUUGGGCUCGUUUGUUCAAUUAAAAGGUCCUCCUCCCGUCGGUUGCCGGCAGAUAUCAUGGCUCAUCCGCAAAAUUGGAUAGUUGGUUUGUCCGGGACCCGAUGAUGAAGGUCUUGGAGAGGAGAAUUAUGAUGGCAACGAGGAUAAAGCAGAUUUGGUCUUCUUGACUCACCUAGCAUUUCAGGGCCUGCCACAUGGGGAUAUGAUUCAGGCUUCUUGAUAAUCAUGCUGUGUUGGAAUUUGAAUUUAGAUAUUUGUUAGUAGGGAAGUUGAAGAUAUCAAACCUUGUUCUGUAUAAAAAUAAACGGCGGCAGCAGCACGUGACCGCUCCGCCGCCUCCAGCUUGGGGCCAGCUGUCGCUUCAGGGUUUUUGCGCCGCGCUUGACUUCUUCUUCCCCAAAGAGGAAGAAAAAAAUCGCCAACCCUACUCUACUCCUGCAAUCGUCCUCUUUCCUCUUGGUAUCCUAUCCAUAUCCACCCCUCUCUACUCUGUUCUCUCUACCUAUAUUGUUCUCCUCUCCCCAGUCCCCUUGUGCCGUAACCCGCCAUCAUGUCUAUGAGCCCGCAAAUAAUAAACCUGGCCAUCAUCCUCGUGAUGAUGCAGGUCUCGAAGAAAAUACCCUUCGAUAACCCUUCGGUGCUCCUGGGCGUGCGCGCUAUGUAUAUCUGUUCCAACAUCCUGAUCCUGGGACUGUACCUCUAUGUGCGAUCGCAAAUAAACAAGAAGAAAGACCUCAAAACCCUCAAAUACGUCGAGCCAGCCCCGAUGGGCUCGCAGGAAGAACCCCGGCCCGUCAUCACGACCGUGCAGGACUACGACAAGCAGCAGCUCCGCUCCCUCCUUAAGGGCCAGCUGAUGGGCGUCGGCAUGAUGUGCGUCAUGCAUCUGUACUUCAAGUACACCAACCCGCUCGUCAUCCAGUCCAUCAUCCCGCUCAAGACGGCGCUCGAGGGCAACCUGGUCAAGAUCCACCUGUUCGGCAAGCCGGCCAAGGGCGAGCUGGAGCGGCCGUGGAAGGCGGCGGCUGGCAUGUUCGGCAUGGGCCAGGGCGAGGUGAAGAAGGAUCGCGCUAGCGUGGAGUCUGCGGAGAAGACGUGGAGGGGCGGUGCGAAGGAGGAGUAGGACGAAUGAUUGCACUUCGUUCUGUUUAUCUCCCUCUUUCUCUCUUUUUUUUCUUUUUUCUUUUUU